AUGGCAAGCACUUUAUUAUACUCCGCAGCCGCACUGCACACGAUACUAUAUGUAGCGCUGCAAACGUCUAUAUCUUUAUUGUCACUACCAAGACUGGUGCAUCAACACUUGAUCCAUAACGGAGCAGCAGCGGAGGAGAACUAUCGAGUUAAGGAUGCGUAUGCGCUUGUGACUGGGGCAACAGAUGGCAUCGGAAAAGCGCUUGUAGAGGAACUAGCAACGAGAGGGUGGAAUGUGAUAAUCCAUGGGCGCUCAACUCAAAAGCUUGAGCCAUUGAUACACCGCCUGUCAGGCCAGUAUCCGAACCAACGCUUCCUUCCUUUCAUCGCAGAUGCCUCAAAGUCACCAGAAGAACUGAAGCUUCCGGAGCUUUUGAGGCAGUUCAAAGGAUGCAAUAUCACACUCUUGAUCAACAACGUCGGCGGUCUACCGCCUAUAAAAGCUCUUUCAGAACUCACGGACGAGGAGAUUAUCCAAAACGUCCACGUCAACGUGAGCUUCGGAGUAUGUUUGACAAGAGUUGUAUUGAAGGAAGGAUUACUAGCGCGCAAGAGCUGUAUCUUGAGCUUAGGCAGCAUAGGAAGUAUCAUGACUCUCCCCGGAACGCCCACAUACAGCGCCUCCAAAGCCUUCACCACAAAAUUCAAUGCCUGUCUCCGCGAACAACUCGCCUCCCAGGCUCCCAUCUUCCGAACCGACUCCAUAGCCACCAAAUCGAUCGAAAUCAUCUCUAUAAUCCCCGGGGGCGUGCGCACCGCCAUGACGCCCAUUGACCACGCGUCCUACUCCCCAUUCGACGGGCGAACCUUCCUAGUCACGCCAACGGCCUUUGCCCGGGCCACGUUGGGGAAGAUCGGGCUGGGGAAAUACUAUAGAGAGAUCUAUUCGUGCUGGCGCCACGAGUUUCAAAUGGGCGUGUUAACCGCUUUCCCGGAGGAAUGGGGGGUUCGGGCUUGGAUUAAUCGGCUUUUGAUGAAAGCAGUUGAUGGCCCGAGGGCGGAGGGAUGGAAACGUUUGGGUGCUGGCUGGAAGAUGGUUGAUGGGAAGUUGGUGGGACCGGAGACGGGUGGGCGGAAGUUGGACUAG